UUCUAGGAGUUGCUGGCACGUUUAUGUCAACUAGUUUGCUUGUUUUCUGUUUUUUUGACAUACUUCUCAUGUGUUGAGCGCUCUCUGGUUUCCCGUCUCGUCUGCACGACACCUACGGAAAGUGAAGCUCAGUGGUUUCUCCUACUGCGAUAUUCACUGUCCUUGCUGGAGCCGGACUCUGUGUCUGUCUCUGACUCAGACUGAGCGGAGCCCGAUGUGCAAUGGCUGCACGCGGCACAUCUCUGCUCGUGUCCUCUCUUUUCAGGCCUCGCGGCCGGUUGUUUGGUGGCAUUUCGAGGAAAGCGCUGCUGCUUGACAGGAGGCCCGCGGGGCCUCAGUGCCACCACCAGCAGUGGCUGGUCGCGCACGAUUAUGGAAAGAAGAGCGCAGAUCCAGAUGCGCAUCAUCGGCAGCAUCAUCAUCAUCCGAUUCAUCAUCGUGAUGUGUUCGCAUCUCAGAGGCAGUUUGUGGCUCUGCGCAGUUUCUGCAGCGAGGCACCGGCGUCUCCUUUCCACGAUGAAGGCCAGCAAUACCCACCUCUGCCCGAGUACGGCUGCGAGCAAAGGGAAAAGGAGCAUUUCAUAGUCCAGGCAAAAGGUCUCCCCUGGUCGUGUACAGCUGAAGAUCUUCUCGUGUUCUUCUCAGAAUGCAAGAUCCGUGGUGGAGUGAAUGGAAUUCAUAUGAUACACAACAAACAUGGGCAGCCAAGCGGGAAAGCUUUCAUUGAGCUGCAGUGCAAGGAAGAUGUCCGAAGAGCACUAAGGAAGAACAUGCACUAUCUGGGUCACCGCUAUGUAGAGGUACAGGAAGUGACAGACAGCGAUGCUGAGAACAUAGUGAAGGCGUCAGUGCAGCUCCCUGCCGCUGACGGAGUGGUUAAACUCAGAGGGCUUCCUUUCAGUUGCACUGUGGAGGAUAUUGUUCACUUCUUUGAAGGUCUGGAUAUUGUUGGAGGUGGUGUGACCCUGGUUUUUGAUGCCCACGGGAGAAACACAGGCAUUGCUUAUGUCGAGUUUGCUUCACAGGAAAUGGCUGAUCAGGCUUUACAAAAAGACAGAGAGCGAAUAGGAAGCAGGUACAUCGAAAUAUUCCCAAGCAGAAAAAGUGCCAUUCAGUCUCACUUCCGUAGCCAGAGGGUUUCUCUGACAGACUACUUUAACAGCGAACAAGUGUCAGACAGUGAUGCUGAAGGCUUGCCGAAGGCACCAGAGCAGCUCCCCACAAAUGGUGGUGUGGUUAAAAUCCAAGGGCUCCCAUAUAGCGCCACUGAGGAAGAUGUUAUUCAGUUUUUCGCAGGUCUGGACAUUGCUGAAGAUGGAGUUACCCUGGUUUUUGAUAGAAAAGGGAGGAGUACAGGCAUUGCCUAUGUGGAAUUCACAUCACAGGAAAUGGCUGCUCAGGCUCUGGAGAAGCACCGGGAGACAAUGGGGAGCAGGUACAUUGAGGUGUUCCCCAGCAAAAAAAGUGGCAUCAGGUCUGGAUACAGCAGCAGGGCUCCAGUCUCUCCAGUCCCCACAAUGGAAGGGAACACUGACCAAGCUACACAGCCUGACCUUCAUCCUCAAAGCAGUAAUGUUGCUCCAGCAUUGGGAUCAACUAACAUUCCCAGCAUAACACAACACUGCGUACAUGUGAGGGGGUUGCCCUUCUGCGCUUCUGGACAAGAUAUCGUCAAUUUCUUCUCUCCACUACAGCUGGCUAAGAUCUGUAUUGAAUACGGUCCAGAUGGUAGAGCUAGUGGGGAAGCGGAUGUAUACUUCACCUGCCACGAAGAUGCCGUGUUAGCAAUGUCCAGAGAUAAGGCCUGUAUUGGUGAGCGAUACAUCGAGCUGUUCCUGAAUUCUCCAACGGCCCGAAGUUAGGAGUCAGACAAAUGCUGCCCUACACUAGCAGCGCUGUAAAAUGUUCUGGGUAGACUGCAGUAAUUCUUGUUUGCCUACACUGUGGUUCUCUGUCUACAAUUAUUUUCCUCCCACUGCAGGAGAAAGAAUGGUUUUUGCAAAACUACAUCUUUAGGCUGUGAAGUACUAUCUAUGUACUGAAAUGCAUUUCUGUAAUGUAUAAUCAUAAUGCAGUUUAAUUGUUUUUUGUUUAAGCACAUAAUGUUCAGUGGUUGGGUGACAAGUUUUGUAUACCUAUUACUGCAAAAAACUGUCCCAAAAGUGCUCAGUUUUAAAUAGACCUGCUAGGAACCAUGAGGAAUGUCUGCAUAAUUUUCUGCAUUAAUGUUUUACUCCACUAUAGAAUUCCACCAUUUGUUAAAUUAAACAAUAUGACCUUGAAGUAAAAAAAUAUUCCUCCUUUUUUAGAAACGCCCCUUUAAGUCAGGUAUAGGUGAUGCUAAAUUAAAUACGGAGCAGUAGAGGUAAAGUUUUGCAUAAAGCUGGACACUUCAACUGCAGCUGUUAAAUGAAAUGUUA